GGUGACGGGGCGGGGCCCGGCCAGGGUGACCCAGCGGCUAGGUGCAAGGAAAACCGUGAAGGUCCGAGCGCGGCCUCGUCAGCUAUCUGAGCCGCCAUGCUGAGCGCCACGUGCCGCAGGCUCGCCCCGGCGCUGCGGAGGCCCAGCGCACCGUCUGCGGUCGCCCAGAGGUGUCUGCAGGUGCCCGGGGCCAGAUCCUACGCUGACCAGAGCGAGAAGGCUGAGCAGCCCCGCACCUUCCACCCGGCGUUGCUGCAGUUCCUGGUGUGUCCGCUCUCCAAGAAGCCGCUUAGAUAUGAAGCAUCGACAAAUGAAUUGAUUAAUGAAGAGUUGGGAAUAGCAUACCCAAUCAUCAUUUCACUUACAACCACUGUGUCAGCCGAAGCAUUGAAGUCAUCAGCUGAGACCAGCUUCAUAGCCUAUUCAUCUGAAAGUUAG